GGGGCGCGCCUGGCGGGCGGCGGGGGGCGCGCGUGUCCCCGCGCCGGCAGCUGCACGCCCUCGAGCCGCCAGUGGAGGCUGCGCUUCCCCAGAAAAUCCCUCUGCCUGCAGUCCGCUCAGCGCCAGCACAACGGAGCUGGGCUGCUGGAGCGACGGCACAGGAACAUCUCCGCUUCCCAACAGCUCUGUCAUCUACAGAACACUGAUAAAGGAGCAAACGAGAGGGGGAAAGGGGCCAGAUGCAGAUGUUGUGAGGUGCAGCCAGAAUUAUGUGUCACCCUUGGCCCUACUCUGCUCUGAGGACGAGGAACUGCUGAAGCACUUUUUUUUUCUUCUUCUUCUCUUCUGGUUCUUUCCCCGGGAUGUUACUGCUUUCGGGAUCUUUUUCCUCUUGCUCCCGAAUUAUGCAGCUGUUCUGAGAGAAGGCGAGAGGCAGCCCGGCAGUAUGUGCCCUUACUGCUGUAAAUCUACACCAGGUUCCCAGUCAACCUCUUGAUGCUCUCUACACUUCUGCUUUACAAAUAUGAUGAAAUGGCAGCCCCGGAAGAAGGUGAGAGGGACUUCGAGAGAGAGAGGGAGAAAUCCUACCCAAAUCCAGUUGCUGAGACGUGUGACAGUGACUGUCACUCGUCCCAAAGCAAAGAUGCUGUUUGGAUCGUGCUUGCUUUUUGCAUUUGAUGAUUACACACCACUGUUAACGAUUUACACGUUUCUGAUCUAAUGCUGCGGAAAACUUUUGCCCCCCCUUUAAUUAUUUUGCGAUUCUUUGCGAAAAUAACCAGAUAUGAAGCAACCCAAUAGCAUUGGCUCAGUUUAAUUGUGUUCACUGUACAGUCCUGUUCACACAUUGAAUGUGUGCAAAAUCAAUAUUUGCAAGUCUACAGCACACAGCCAGUUGAUGGUACUGGACUAAUAAUUAAUUGUUGUAGGAUAUGAUUUAUGUAUAUGAUUCUGGAUGUCAUUUUGCACGUGGAUAAAUGUGCUUGUGAAUUUGAUUAAGGUCACAUAUAGGUGGGUAAAUGCAUUGAAUGCUGCAUUCUUGAGUUGUUUUGAGGGUUGCUGGAAAUGUGUCGAGUCUUGCUGAACUCCGAGUAGAAUUUUUCUCAUACAGUUGUCUAUUCAAAAUUUCAAACAUUUUAUGCACCGUAGCACUUCUCAGUUUUGGAUUUUGUAAGUAGAUGCUAUAUGCAAGCAGAUUGUGCAGAUGAAAUAGUUGCAUGUGACAGUUUCAUAGGAAACCUUUAUUUUUAAAUGAAGUAACAUAAAAUCGGCAUUCUCUAUUGGAUGCAGGAAUAUCUCGCACCAGGCAACUGCUUUAGAAAUUAUACACUGUACCGUAUAGAGAGUAAUGUGCGGGUCCCACUGGGGGGCGUAAUGACAUUUUUUAAGCUAGGGUUAGCAAAAGUACAUUUUUAUAUUUAAAAAAAACUAGAUUUUAACGAUGUGCUUUAAAUAUUUAAUAACACUGAUGCAGGUCACUGAAAGGUGGGGCGCGCUAAGAAAUGUCACAUGUCCCUCCUUAUUCAUUGUGUGAUUAAAUUUUAGCAGUAAUUUGCUCUGGAUGUUGUUGUGGGCUGGAAAUCUAGCAAAAAUUGCCAACUAUUGUUAAACAGAUGUUAGGUAAUCCACAGUAUUUAUUUCAUUAUGAGCACAGUUUGUGUUUGUGUUCAGUUGGGGAGGUUUAAUUGCGAAAAAAAAGCACAUUGUGAUUGCACAUUAGUAAAAUGGUACUGGAAAACACCCAUUAUUUCCUGGUUUGGUUGGAAAGUCUUAAUUCUCUUUUUUUUGGUGUGUUUAUUUAUUGAGCCAUGGUUUAGUAGAGUGUACCAUUUGUCAAAAGCAAUGAGUAAUGUGUGUGCCACCACAUAAAAUUUCUAUUUCCUAUUACAGCAUGGUAGUGUCGUGGUUAGCACAAUGCUUUUACAGUACCAGCAAACUGGAUUCAAUUCCCGCUGCUGCACAUAAGGAGUCUAUGCAUUCUCCCCGUGACCGUGUGGGUUUCCUCUGGGUGCUCCAGUUUCCUCCCACAGUCCAAAGACCUAGCUGUUGGGAGGUUAAUCGGUCAUUGUAAAUUGUCCUUUGACUAGACUGGGAUUACUUCCAGAAAGGCCUAUUCCGUGCUGUAUGUCUAUAGCAUAUUUUAAAAAUAUUAAUGGAAAUGGAUAGAGAGAGGAAGUGUUUAGGAUGGUGGUGAAUAUUGGUAGCAUGGGUUGAGGCAUUUGUUGUGAUGUUCAUUGAACUCGGCAGUUAGGUUGCAGAAGAUUCAUCACCUCAGUGCGCAGUUGUUGGCAUUUCUCUCCGGGAGUGCUCACGUGUAUUUAGCCCCUUGUUUGCUUGCCUCAGCGGUUCGCACAAAAGCUUUACUGUGCAGGCGACCUGGGUACGAUUCUGCCCGCUGCCUGUAAGGAGUUUGUACGUUCUCCCCGUGAUGUCUGGGUUACCUCUCACAGUCCAAAGAUGUACUGGUUGGACGAUUAAUUGGUCAUUGUAAAUUGUCCUGUGACUGAGGCAAGCGAUUGGUGGGGGGUGGGGGAGCUGUAUAAGCGUGAGCACUCCCAGGGAGAAACACCAACUACUGUGCACUGAGGAUGUCACCUCGACUGGUGAUGAAAUGUCUGCAAGCUAACUGCCAAGCUUGCUGAACACUGCAACAUCAGAGAAGAAGUGUACUUUUCUGUGUACUCUAAGCAUUCAAGUAGAUAAGCAAUAAUUUGCUGGUUCUACCCCAUUCAUCGCAACACUAAAAUAUCUCACUAGUAAAGUUUUCCUUUCUAAAUUCAUGGAAUAAUUUACAAUUUUCAAGCAUCGUAACUGUUGGCGUAUUGCCCAUAAAAUGCUGUUUUUGUUUAGAGAAGGUGUUGCAAAGGGUUAAGGGUAGUGUGACGUAUUUAAUAAAGCUCAGCUGCUUAGAAAGGUUUGGCAUGUUUACUAUGGGGGGAAUUGUUCAGCGGGAAAUGGCUGGAUGCUCAACUAUUCAGGUUCAGACCGUGUUAUUGAAAAGUGGCUCCUGGGAGCAAGGAGAUGCCGAGCUUAAAUUUACGACGCAACGUUAAAAAUGAGCCAAGAAUGGAGAGUUCUGAAUGGGCUUCACUGCCUUCAAACCAAAAGAUUGACGACGUCCUUCCUUCCUGCGGAAAAGGUGCUGCAAUUUAAAGGCAUACUUCCGACAGGGUGUUGCUCUCCAGUAUCUCGGCCGCCAUGCAGAUGCGCUGGCUGCAUUUGCGUCAGGGCUGGCUCAAGACCCAAAAAGCUUGCAGCUGCUGGUCGGGAUGGUGGAAGCCGCCAUGAAGUCCCCAUUACGAGAAUCGCUGGAACCAACCUAUCAGAAGUUACAGAAAAUGAAGCUGGACAAAAGCCCAUUUGUGGUCGUAUCUGUCAUUGGCCAGGAGCUUCUGACAGCAGGACACCACAGUGCCUCUGUAGUAGUUCUGGAGGCUGCCUUGAAAAUUGGAACAUGCAGCUUGAAACUUCGUGGGUCGGUGUUCUCUGCCCUAAGCAGUGCAUACUGGGCUUUAGGGAAUACAGAGAAGAGUAUUGGCUACAUGCAGCAGGACUUCGAUGUAGCCAAGACUCUAGGUGACCACACGGGCGAGUGUCGGGCCCAUGGUAACCUGGGAUCGGCAUUCUUCUCCAGUGGCAACUACCGAGAGGCCCUAAACAACCACCGUCUCCAGCUAGUGCUGGCUAUGAAGCUAAAAGAUCGCGAGGCAGCCUCGUCAGCAUUGAGCAGCCUGGGUCAUGUCUACACGGCCAUUGGAGACUACCCAAAUGCACUGGCCAGUCACAAACAGUGUGUUCUUCUAGCUAAACAAUCCAAAGACGAACUCUCAGAAGCCAGAGAACUGGGCAAUAUGGGAGCUGUUUACAUAGCAAUGGGCGACUUUGAAAAUGCAGUAGAAUGCCAUGAGCAGCAUCUCAGAAUUGCGAAGGAAUUGGGCAACAAGCGAGAGGAAGCACGGGCCUACAGCAACCUCGGCAGUGCCUAUCAUUACAGGAGAAACUUUGACAAAGCAAUGUCCUACCACAACCACGUGCUGGAGCUAGCACAGGAGCUAGGCGAGAAGGCCAUCGAGAUGAGAGCGUACGCGGGGUUGGGGCAUGCAGCUCGCUGCAUGCAGGAUUUGGAGAGGGCGAAGCAGUAUCAUGAACAGCAGCUGAGCAUCGCAGAGAACCAGAAGGACCGUGCGGCAGAGGGACGAGCUUCCUCUAAUCUCGGUAUAAUCCACCAGAUGAAAGGAGAUUAUGAAAGUGCUCUGAAACUCCACAAGACUCACCUCUCCAUUGCUCAGGAGCUCAAUGACUAUGCCGCGCAGGGAAGAGCUUAUGGAAAUAUGGGGAAUGCGUAUAACGCACUGGGCUCGUAUGACCAGGCAGUGAAGUACCACCGUCAAGAACUACAGAUCUCCAUGGAAGUAAAUGACCGGGCAUCACAGGCAUCGACCCAUGGCAAUCUUGCUGUUGCCUACCAGGCCCUGGGUGCCCAUGAUAGGGCCUUGCAACAUUACCAAAGUCAUCUGAACAUAGCACGAGAGCUGCGGGAUAUACAAAGUGAGGCCCGUGCGCUUAGCAACCUGGGCAACUUCCACUGCUCAAGAGGAGAGUUCGUUCAAGCUGUUCCAUAUUACGAACAGUAUUUACGCUUGUCUCCUGACUUACAAGACAUGGAAGGUGAGGGAAAAGUGUGUCAUAACCUUGGCUACGCACAUUAUUGUCUUGGAAGCUACCAAGAGGCUGUAAAGUACUACGAACAAGAUUUAGCUCUCGCCAAGGAUUUGCAUGAUAAACUUAGCCAGGCAAAGGCUUAUUGCAACUUGGGCCUAGCAUUUAAGGCCCUUACCAACUAUACUAAAGCAGAAGAAUGUCAGAAAUAUGUUCUAUCGUUAGCCCAAUCUCUAAACAAUCCUCAAGCCAAAUUUCGAGCCUUGGGCAAUCUGGGUGAUAUUUUAGUGUGCAAGAAAGAUGUGAAUGGCGCAGUUAAGUUCUAUGAACAGCAGCUGACCUUGGCUCAUCAGGUUAAAGAUCGGAAACUUGAAGCCUCAGCUUAUGCAGCUCUGGGUACUGCCUACCGACUAAUACAGAAAUACGACAAAGCACUGGGAUAUCACACACAAGAGCUUGAGGUCUAUCAAGAACUGGGUGAUUUGCUGGGAGAAUGCAAAGCACAUGGGCACCUUGCAGCAGUCUACAUGGCCCUUGGCAAAUACACCAUGGCUUUCAAAUGUUAUGAAGAGCAGUUGGAUUUGGGGCAGAAGCUGAAAAAUCCCAACAUUGAGGCACAAGUCUAUGGCAACAUGGGGAUCACCAAGAUGAACAUGAAUGUCAUGGAAGAUGCGAUCGGCUACUUUGAACAGCAGCUGGCGACCCUGCAGCAGCUGAGCGGUAAUGAUGCCGUAUUGGACAGAGGGCAUGCUUAUGGAAACCUGGGAGAUUGCUACGAGGCAUUAGGAGAUUAUGAGGAAACUGUCAAAUAUCAUGAACAAUUCUUAUCAGUGGCACAGAGCCUCAAUCGGAUGCAGGAACAAGCCAAAGCCUAUCGGGGACUCGGAAAUGGACAUCGGGCAAUGGGGAACCUGCAGCAAGCUCUUGUGUGUUUUGAAAAGAGACUGGUCGUAGCUCAUGAACUUGGAGAGUCGUCCAACAAAGCCCAGGCGUAUGGAGAACUUGGAAGCCUACACAGCCAGCUAGGAAACUACGAGCAGGCAAUUUCUUGCCUUGAGCGACAACUAAACAUCGCCCGCGAAAUGAAAAAUAGAAUCUUGGAAAGUGAUGCGGCCUGUGGCCUUGGCGGAGUUUACCAACAGAUGGCAGAAUAUGAAACCUCACUGCAGUACCAUCAGCUUGAUUUGGAGAUUGCAGAGGAAACUAAUAACCCUACAUGUCAGGGCCGUGCCUAUGGUAACCUGGGAUUGACCUAUGAAUCUUUGGGAAAUUAUGAACGAGCUGUGAUGUACCAAGAACAGCAUCUAAGCAUAGCUGCUCAAAUGAAUGACCUGGUGGCUAAAACAAUUGCGUACAGCAGCUUGGGACGGACACAUCACGCCCUACAGAACUACUCACAGGCAGUCAUGUAUUUACAGGAAGGUUUGAGACUUGCAGAACAGCUUGGUCGGAGAGAAGAUGAGGCCAAAAUCAGGCAUCGCUUGGGACUUUCACUAUGGGCCAGCAGGAACCUGGAAGAGGCACAACACCAGCUUUAUAGAGCAUCUGCUUUAUUUGAAAACAUUCGCCAUGAAGCACAGCACAGCACUGAUUAUAAACUUUCACUCUUUGACCUCCAAACAUCCUCCUAUCAAGCAUUGCAGCGAGUUUUGGUCAGCCUGGGUCGUCAUGAUGAGGCCUUGGCAGUGGCAGAGAGGGGAAGAACAAGGGCUUUUGCUGACCUUUUGGUAGAAAGGCAAACUGGACAGCAAGUAUCUGACUCACUGACCCCGGUCACCAUUGACCAGAUUCUGGACGCCAUCAAUAAUCAGCGCAGUCUGGUACUGUACUAUUCCCUGGCCGCUGGGUACCUCUACAGCUGGUUACUCGCACCAGGAGCAGGGAUAUUAAAAUUUCAUGAAUGCUAUUUGGGCGAUGGUCUGGCAGAAAACAACAAUGAUUUUAAUGAAACCAGCAGCAUCAACCUGCAGACAUCCAGUUUCUCUAUUCUUGAGCAGUAUGUGACCAACGUUCGCGAAGCACUUGGCAUUGAUUCCUACUACACCAGUAGGAUGUGCUCAAACAGUGAAACAGAGAGCGAGGCUGGAGAUCUUCUUGAUCAGCAGUUCGAAGAGAUAAACAAUAAACUGACGUCCAUUACUGAUCCAACAGGAUUCCUCAGAAUGGUCAGCAGGAACAACCUCUUCAAUAGAAGCUGCCAAAGUAUGAGCAGCCUAUUCAGCAGCAACACAUCAAGUCUUCAAGAUUCCACCUUGUCCCUUCCACGGAAGCAGAGCUCUUCCAAUAAACAGCCUCUUCGUGCCCUCUACGACCUUCUCAUCUCACCUAUGGAAGGGGGAUUAAUGCACUCCAAUGGACCUGUUGGCCGACACCGUCAGCUUGUGUUAGUCCUGGAAGGGGAGCUGUACCUCAUUCCCUUCGCUCUGCUGAAAGGAAGCUCCUCUAAUGAGUACCUCUAUGAACGCUUCAGUAUCAUCGCUGUUCCCUCAAUCCGGGCCCUGCAAGCAAGCCCCAGGUCCCACCUUCGGAAGAGCACCUCUCUCUGCAGCUCUUCCACCUCAAUGGCAGCGGUGAUAGGUAAUCCCAAACUCCCGUCAGCCGUUAUGGACCGCUGGCUCUGGGGACCAAUGCCCUCGGCUGAGGAGGAGGCCUACAUGGUUUCUGAGCUGCUUGGCUGCCAGCCCCUGGUUAACAGUGCCGCUACCAAGGAGAGAGUGAUGAGCGUGCUCAGUCAGGCCGAGUGCAUCCAUUUCGCCACCCACAUCUCCUGGAAACUGGCGGCCCUGGUCCUGACACCGAACAAUGAGGGAAGCACCAUCAGUGGGAAGAGUUCCUUGGGAAACAGUUACACCAUUCCAGAAUCGCUGAGGGUGCCAGAUGAUGCGAGUGAUGUGGAGAGCAUAACUGACAGUCCCCCCCUGCAAGAGUUUUUAUUGACAGCUGCUGAUAUAUUGGACUUGCACCUCCCAGUUAAGCUCGUCGUUCUUGGCUCCUACCAGGAGUCUAACAAUAAAGUUACAGCAGACGGCAUCAUUGGUCUGACACGAGCUUUUCUAGCCGCCGGGGCGCAGUGUGUCUUGGUUUCGCUUUGGCCCGUGCCCGUGGCUGCAUCCAAGAUGUUUGUGCACACCUUCUACUCCUCUCUGCUCAACGGAAUGAAAUCCAGCGCGGCUCUUGGAGAAGCCAUGAAGAUUGUCCAGAGUAGCAAGCAAUUUGCGCAUCCUUCAAACUGGGCAGGAUUCACGCUGAUUGGAAAUGAUGUUAAAUUGAAUAGUCCCUCAUCUCUCAUUGGUCAGGCUCUGUCUGAAAUCCUUCAGCAUCCUGAUCGCGCCCGAGACGCCUUGCGUGUCCUGCUGCACCUGGUGGAGAAGUCACUCCAGCGGAUACAGAACGGCCAGCGGAACUCCAUGUACACCUCCCAGCACAGUGUGGAGAACAAAGUGGGCGGUGUGCCAGGUUGGCAAUCGCUUCUCUCUGCAGUAGGAUUCCGGCUUGAUCCUCCAGCUAGCGGGCUUCCUGCAGCUGUCUUCUUUCCAGUCUCUGAUCCUGGAGAUCGGCUUCAGCAGUGUAGCACCACGCUCCAGUCACUUCUAGGGUUGCCCCACGCCGCACUCCAGGCUCUCUGCAAACUUAUCUCAGCUUCGGAGACAGGAGAACAGCUCAUUAAUCGGGCUGUAAAAAAUGUGGUUGGAAUGCUCCAUCAAGUCCUUGUUCAACUUCAGACGGGGGAAAAAGACCAAGAUUUUUCUUCAGCACCUAUUCAACUGUCCAUUAGUGUGCAGCUCUGGCGACUGCCAGGAUGUCAUGAGUUCCUGGCUGCCUUAGGGUUUGAUCUGUGUGAGGUGGGCCAAGAGGAAGUGGUGCUGAAAACCGGGAAGCAAGCGAACAGGAAGACCAUGCACUUUGCUCUCCAGUCUCUCCUUGCUCUGUUCGAUUCUACAGAACUGCCUAAGAGACUCAGUCUUGACAGCUCUUCAUCGUUGGAAUCUCUCUCCUCUUCUCAAUCGGUUUCCAAUCCAACAGGACAGAUGAAUCCACCAUUUUCUCCCACAUACGGAGAUUCCAUGGCUUCAGAUGCCAUCUCUGUGUACAGCCUCAGUUCUAUCGCCUCCUCCAUGAGCUUUGCUUCCAAAACGGACAUCCCAGGUGAAGGAAUGCUCCAAAGGGCUCGACAAGACUACGAGAGGCCCAAGAACGUUUACCCACACAAGGCUGCAAUGUUAGCAAAUCGGUCUUCCCCACAGACGAGCAACACCAGCAGAGAUGAGGAAGAGUAUGAUGGAUUCUCCAUUAUUAGCAGCGAGCCUUUGAGUGUUUAUACUGAUACUCUCAAAGUGUCAGCCUCACCAGACAAAGAGAGGACUACAGAACACAGCCAUAAUCUUGGAGAUAGGCACACACUCAAAGGUAAUACAAGUGCUUCUAGCUCUCCAGCUAAAAUGACACUCAUUCCAAGUCCCAAUUCGCCUUUUCAGAAAGUGGAAUCCAGAAAUAAACUUCCAAGUUCAGAUACUGGAGAAUCUGAUCAGUCCAGCACAGAGACCGAUAGCACAGUGAAAUCCCAAGAGGAGAAAGUGACCAAGCUUAAUCCUCAGGAGCUGGCGCAGAAAAUCUUGGAGGAGACGCAAAGCCACUUGCUUGCUGUCGAGCGACUUUAUCAAAGUAGUGGGCCCAUUAACCCACUGGGUCCUGCUGACGUUGAUGGUAGUGUUGGCAGCCAUCAUGGCACUUCAGUUUUUAAAUCUUCAGAUACGAGUGCAUUCAGCAAGCCACUGAACAGUGCUGGGCAGAAAAAGCAGUCUUCUCCAAUUACCGCAAGACCAAAGCCUCCAACGAGGAGUUCAUCACUGCAGAAAGUGAACUCGGGAAACAACACGCCUACCAGUGAUAUCUCUGAGGCAGGUCUGUCAGCCGGAGAUUCCUACUCCAAAGGGAGCAACAGUAGACAAACGACUGCGCCAUCUUCACCUGUUGUGGAUUUACGCCAGUCACCCGGUUCCUCAACCGAUCAGUCUCCGAUCAAGAUCAAAUAUCCCAGCUCCCCUUACAGUGCCCACAUUUCCAGAUCUCCAGGUUCAGGCCAGCAGUCUCCAGCUGGGAGUAACCCUUCUCCUGCCCUCUCGUACUCAUCAGCAGGCUCGGCCCGCUCAAGCCCAGCUGACAUUCCAGACCUGAGUAAGUUGAAAAUGACUGCCAUCGACGAAAAGGUGAAGGCCGUCCAUAACCUGAAAACCUUUUGGACUAGUGCGACGCAGUCUCCGUCCAGGCCCGUGCGAGCUCUGCGUUCCAAUCCGGCUCUCGCGGGUUCCAAAGCUGAUGCUCUAAGUUAUUUGAAUCUCUCACCAGCCAGGCGCGCCAAGAAGGAGGAGAAGGAGGAUAAGUUUGAACUUAAGGAAUUUUCCAAGAUUCCCUACGCAGACAAGAAAGCCCAGAACGGAAGUGGUGGUUGCCAAGAGACCAGUAAAUCUGCAGAAUCAAUACAGCCAGCUAACAGCAUUCAGAGGGAAGUGCGCCCGUUGAGGCUUCCAUCUGGGAAUGGUUAUAAAUUCUUGUCUCCUCGGAAGUUUCUUCCAUCCUCAAAGUGCUGAAACAACUUGAACCGGACAUCUGAUUUUUUUCCAUUGCCAUGUGACCUCGUGGGACUAGCAUGUACAAGCCAAUUGUGUCGCACAGGCACUGUUUGUAAACUGAACUUUUGUGUUGCGUGAACAGUACUAAAUAUUUUAUACUGUUAAAGAAAGAAAAAGCAAAAAAAAACUACUGUGUACAAAUGUCAUAUUUUUAUUGAAUCCAGAAUGGCAUUUUGCCUCGUUUCUUAGUCACUUAAUGGUUGAUAUUGGUUUAUAAAUGUCAAAAAUCACAUUGGAAUGUCAUCCACAGUCAUAGUAUUUGUUGGAAAUACAAAAUAAACUAGGCUUGGCAGUUUUAGGUUGCACCCAUUUUUUAUUAAUAGUAAUCUCUUUUUAAAACUAGUGCAUGUUAUGUACUAUUUCUGUGCAUUUCAGAGGUGUCUUUAGUCAUUCUUACACAGAAUGGCUGAACAUAUAUAAAUCCCAGCCAUAUCACAGAACGUCCCCCGAAGACCGUGAAACAGAAUUGCUUGACUACUUUAUAGCUGGGCCAGCAGGGGGCAGAGGUGAGCUUUUAAGUCACUGCGAAAGAAUCAACCCAAAUUGGAUGCCUCAUCCGCACUUGUUACUUGCAAAAAGAUUCCUCGUGUAUUAGUGAUUAGCCUCCUAUCAGCCUCCCAUAUCUAUCUUAACCAGCCCUCGAUAGUUUAUCCAUUCCUGCACAUCUCACUGAGCUAAUAUGCUUUAUACAAAUCUUCCUUAUCGCAAGUUCUUGGCUUGGGAGAGGGUUGCUUGAGAUUGUUUUGUUUCUAGUGAACUAUUAUUGAGACAUGAACUACCUACAUAUGACCUUAACAUUUCAGAUGCCCAUUCUAGGUUGAGAUGUAAGUGGUAGAAGAACCAUCCAGUUUUCCAACGAAAUAGUCUGUUCUUAUAAUCAUAAAUAGAUUUUAUACGAUCCAAAAUGAUGGCAGUGUUGAAUUAUUUUUAAUAACCAAGCAAACCUCAGAAUCCCACUGAUGAUCCGCCCCUCUUGCCCAUAGCCAUGUCUUUUCACUGAAUUGGAUUUGCAAAUCAGCCAAUUUAAAACUUUACUCUGCUGUAUAGAUUUCCUCAACAAAUUACUGUUUGGAGAAAGUGCUAUCAGAUUGAAGAGAACUUUAGAGAACUUGUGUGAAAUUGCAUUUAAUCCAAUCAAAGGCGGGAAGAAAAGAAUAAGAUCACCUAAAACUUUCAAGCCUGUAAAUAUUUGUGUGUCUGUUAAAAAGAAGCUCUUUAUGGUUGUUGCAUAGAAUUCUAGGGAACGAAAAUGUCAAUAUGAAUUCUAAAGUAAGUAAUGAAAAAAAAAAUUCAGAUGGGAGUGGCAACCAGAGAGUUACUGCUGUGUUUAUUCCAUGUUGUGGCAAGUUUACUGUUUUAUUGUGUGUUCAGUAGUAAUUACCAGAGCCUUUCCAUGCAGCUGUAUCUUGUGUACUGUACACCAGAGGGCGGCAAUGUAGUAUUUUUGUCAGCUUGUCUCAUCAUUUCAGCAACAAUCCACUACACUUGAUGUCUCUUCAGUGAGUUGCCUGGUGGUUUGCAAUGUUAACGAUAUUUUCUUUGAUCCCUUCUUUUUUUAAAUUUCUUUUGUAAAAAAAUUCUAUUGGAUGCACUUGUUAUUUAUAUUCUGUGGAAGCUCUGUGUAUGCAAACCCAUUGAGUAUCGCCAGUGUCUUCCUGACCCUGAGCUGAGCUUCAUAGUCACUUACCUUGCAAAGUUACAUCUCCAUGAUAUUGUUUGGCUCUAUCCGGAGCUCACGCCCAUCUCUGAAACUCGCCUGCAUAUCUCCAGAGUUAAUCUUCCCUGAUUAUUCAUUGGCCUCUUGCACCCGAUUCUUGCUUGGUACAAAAUCUCAGAUGUCUCUAUCACCACCUCCAUUUUGUUGUGCUCACUUGGUGCCCAAUUCCAGAUUCCCGGGAUAAUCCCACCCAUCCCUGCAGUUCUAGGCCUCAGGUAUCACGCUGCUCUUCUGACAGUGUGGCCCCAUUUCCUUCACCGUUGGUGGCAGUGCCCUGUAGUUUCAUGCCCAUCGUUCGCAUUUAAUAAAUCUCCUUUCCUGUGUCGUUCAAUGACUCUUGAAAAUCUACCUCUUUAAUCGUGCAUUCUUUAAUUUCCCAAAACUAACCGGCAUCUCUUCCCAUAAACACAGGAGAUUCUGAGAAACACACACAAAGUGCUGGAGGAACUCAGCAAGUCAGGCAGCGUCUAUGGAGGGGAACAGGCAGUUUAUAGUUUGGGCCGAGACCCUUCAUCAGGACCUCCUCCUUAUCUAUUUCUCUUCUUGCUGCCAACACCCUACUCAGUACCCUGCCUUUUCUGAAGUGCCUUGGGACAUUUUGUUACAAUACCGGUGCUAUCUUAAGUGUUGACUGCCUUUGUUGCUGGAUUUUUAAAUAAUGAGAAAUAUCCUUAAUGGACAAGAUUCCAUUCAAAGUGUUUUUGUACUGUUGUGUUGUAUUGCACUGAUAGCAGUUCCCAGUAUAAGAUAUUCAUGCUCCCCUUUUCCAGAGGCAGAUGGGGGUUUCAGACUUAACUGUUAAAACUCUCACUUCUGUGGGUCAAACUGAUGCGUAGGAGAUCAGCCAUAGAAGAUCCUUUAGGUAUUAUUCUAACAGGACUGUGCAAUGAAGCAGAUUGUAAAUGCAUCUUCUUUUCUGUUCAAAUAUGAGGAAUGGUAAGAAAAUUCUACAUGCCAACCCACUACUUGUUUGCUCCCUCUAUCAGUAGACACCUGCCUCAAUCUCCUACUCUGUGCCUGUGUACUUUUCCAAGGUUAAUUACUUGGAGGGAAGUCCUUCUGUGGGCAGGAAAACUGCUUUCAGUGUCAGAAUUGUAAGAUGCCUGUUACUGCGUUUUCAAUGUAGGAAGAACAAUUUUAUCCAUAUUAACAAUUCAGGACAGGGCACACAGGAAAAACAGAUUAUUUUACCAGCUGCCAUUCCAGUUUUCACUUAGUUGGAAGCAUGAAGGCUGGCAAAUGGUGAGAUGUUGCACCUUGUUCAGCCCCCACCAGUUGUCCUGAAAGCAGUCCCCAUGUGGUCUGCACAUUUCUUCCUUCGGGAUGAGAAUGUUAGGUGUUUAAGGUGACCGCAGAACGUAAUCACAUGUGUUUGCUCUGAGGAGUUGCUGGAGGUUUCCUCCAGGCAGGACCGAGGUAAACAAAAUUAUGAGGGGCAUAGAUAGGGUAAGUGCAAGCAGGCUUUUUCCACUGAGGUUGGCUGGGACUACAACCAGAGGUCAGGCGUUAAGGGUGAAAGGUGAAAAGUUUAAGGGGAAUAUGAAGGGAAACGUUUUCACUCGAGGGUUGUGAGAGUGUGGAACGAGCUGUCAGCGUAAAUGGUGCAUGCAGGCUCAAUUUCAAAUUUUAAGAGAAGUUUGGAUAGGUACAUGGAUGGGAGGGGUAUGGAGGGUUAUGGUCCCAGUAUAGGUCAAAAGGAGUAGGCAGUUUAAAUGGCUUAGCAUGGACUAGAUGGGCUGAAGGGCCUCUUUCUGUGCUGUGCUCCUCUAUGACUCUAAAUACCAUUUUGUUCAGAUAGGUGGAAAAGAUCCUUGGAACAUCCCUCUGGUAUUCCAGCAAACCCAUACAGACCAUGCUGUGCACAAAUUGGGCGCCUUCUGUAAUUUCCUAACAAAAUAACGCAUAAAAGGUAAUUCAUUAGUAUUCUGGAAGAUGCUGCUUUGAUUUAGUCCUCCUCCACCGUAUUCCUUCAUAUGUUUAAAUAGAUAGUGGGUUGUACUUAAAGCAUAGAAUAACAAGUUGUUGUAUGGAGGCAUUAACUGCUUUAUGUUUACUGUAUAUGUUAGCUCUUCCGUAUUGCUCAUCAGGUUCCAUAUUCUGUUAGACUAUGUACAGGACUCUCUCUGAGUUUUGUUUCUGAGAUGAAUAUUCCUGUUUGUUCCUAAUAGCAUGUCAAUUUACAGAAUAUUGACUCAAGAGAUUCUGCAGAUACUGGACAUUCAGUGUAACACACACAAAAUACCAGAGCAGGGGUUCCUAACCUUCUUUAUGCCAUGGAUCCCUGCUGUUAAUCAGUUGGGAACCCCUGUGCUAGAGAAACUCAGCAGGUCAGGCAACAUCUAUGGAAAGGAAUAAAUAGCUGCUAUUUUAGGCCAAGACCCUUCACUGGGACUGUUGACUCUUUAUACUUAGUUAUAGAUUAGGGGUUCUCAAUCUUUUUAUGCCAGGACCAGUACCAUUAAGCAAGGGGUCCAUUUACCCCAGAAUGGAAACCCCUGUCUUAGAUGCUGCCCGACCUGCUGAGUUCCUCCAGUAUUUUGUGUCUGUUACACAGAAUAUUGAAUGGGGUUUACUCUUGGCUUAAAGAACCAUUUCUCCAAAUUGUGGCUUGAAGCCAGAAUUCAGUUAUACUUACAGAGCCUGGCUCCACAUCUGGUUGAUUAUAACCUCUGAAUUAACCAGAUUCAGAGUCCCUGUUUUCAGAUUAUAGAGAGCCAAAUCCAGAGAUGCAUUCAGGCAACUUUCCACUACGGGAAGAUGUGUGAAACUAAUGCAUUUCCGGAGCCUAGUGAUGGAAUCAUGCCGUGAAUCAGAGACCUUAGAUGUGCAGGGAGAGCUGGAACAUGUGAAUCAUAAGAGUACUACAGCACAGCUGCUGGUCUUUCAGCCCAUCUAGUCUGUACUGAGCUAUUAUUCUGCUUAUUCCCAUUGACCUGUAUCUGGACCAUGGCCCUCCAUAUCCCCCCCCCAUUCAAACUCCCCUUGAACGUUGAAAUCGAACGGCAUCCACCACUUCCACUGGCUGCUCCUUCCGCAUUCUAUGAGUGAAGGCAUUUCCCCUCAUGUUUACCUUAAACAUUUCACCUUUCACCCUUAACCCAUGACCUCUAAUUCUAGUAUGUUCCUACAUCCAUGUCGAUGUGCAGGGAGAGCUGGAGCCUGUGUAAGCACUAUAUGCAAAUGUGGAGUCCCAUGUGUUUAAACCGACACAGUGACCAGAGGCUGCAUACUGAUCCCGGGAUACCAGAGCUCGCUGUGUGUGCAGACCUGGAUUUCAUCAGCCUAUCCAUACAGACAGAAAGCCAUGUCCUUAGACAGUAAGGCAUAAGUGGCCAUUCUGCCCAUUGAGUCUAGCUCCAUCAUUCCAUCCUGGCUGAUUAAUUUUCCCUCUCAACCCCGUUCUUCUACCUUCUACCCAUAACCUUUGACACCCUUACUAUUCAAGAACCUAUCAACCUCAACUGUGACAAUGAAUUACACAUAUGCAUCAUCCUUUGGCUAAAGAAAUUCCUCUUUAUCUUUAUUCUAAUGAGAUGUCCUGUACUGAGGCUGUACCCUCUGGUCCUAGACUGCCCCACUAUAGGAAGCAUCUGCUCCACAUCCACCCUCCCUAGGUCUUUCAAUAUUUGACUGGUUUCAAUGAGAUCCCCCCCCUCCCUGAUUCUUCUAAACACCAGCAAGUACAGGCCCAGAGCCAUCAAAUGCUCCUCAUACAUAAACCCUUUCAUUCCUUGGGAGCCCUAGCACUCAGUUGAAAUAGAGUACAUGCAUAGCUGUCAAAUCAUAGGUGCAGGUUGUUUAUCAUAUUGGUGAGGUAAGAUACUGAGGCAUAUAAUAAAUAUGGUAGUUCAGUCCAGGUUUCCUUUGCUCUGAUGUGACAUUCCAGAGAAAGUUUUAGUGCAGGUGUAUUGAAAAUCUCAUUGUAACAACAUUUCCUGAACAUGGACCCAAACCAAUACCAAACCUUCCAUUCUGUAUCUGUGUAAGCUUCUGGAUGAACCAGUUCUACAUAUUAGUGCUGAGCUAAGUCCCACAUCUUAAUAGUCAAGCUCUAAGAAAAGUUUUUCAAUGGGAUGUUAACUUACUGAAUGCAAUAUAAGUGUUAAAAUCAGUAUCUCUUAUUUAGCCUAAACUAUGGAUGUACAAUCAGUGGCCACUUUAUUAGGUAAAGACAUGGAACCUGCUGCAGUCUUCUGCUGCUGUAGCCCAUCCACUUGAAGGUUCAAUGUGUUGAGCAUUCAGAGAUGCUCUGCUGCACACCACUGUUGUAACAUGUGGUCUUCCUGUCAGCUUGAGCCAUUUUGGCUAUUUCCCUCGGACCUUUCUCGCUGACAAGGUGUUUUCACCUACAGAACUGCCUGUCACUGGACUUUUUUUCUGUUUUUCGCACCAUUCUCUAUGAACUCUAGAGACUGUUGUGAUUGAAAAUCCCUGGAGUUCAUCAAUUUCUGAGAUACUCAAACCACCCUGUCUGGCACCAACAAUCAUUCCAUGGUCACUGUCACAUUUUUUCGCAAUUCUGAUAUAUGUUCUGAACAACUGAACCUCUUGACCAUGUCUGGAUGCUUUUCUGCAUUGAGUUGCUGCUGCAGGAUUGGCUGAUCAGAUAUUUGCAUUAACGAGCAGGUGUGCAGAUGUACCUAAUAAAGUGGCCACUGAGUGUAUUUUUCCCACGUGGGCAAACAGAAGUCUGAAAAAACUAAUCUUAAACCAGCAGCAGUUUCUAACAGCUUUUUAACUUAAAAAAAAAUGUAUUAUACAUUUAUGUAAAUUGCAGAGUAAAGACAGUUCAUGGAUCCUAUACCUUAUGCCGGUAACAACUUGAGUUAAUUCCAAGGAGGUUACAACUGGACUCAUACUGAUUAUUGUUCUCUUUCAAUCCAUGGUUCUAAUUCUGCUGCAGAACAGCAGGGGACACGCUUUGAAACGUCUUGUGAAUAAUGUGUUUUGGUGAUGAUACAUGACUCCAGCCUGCUAACUGAUUCCUGCCCUGAGCAUACUUUGAAAGCAGUACCACCCUUUCAUUUCUGAUCAGCGAUAAUUUUUCAGUCAGAGCUCUGUGCUUGAGUCUCUAUAGGUGAUUGAAGAUGUCAUUCUUCACUGAGAUAUAUUUUUGGUCUUUUUGUAAGCUUAGGUUAUAAGAGGACUUUGUGUGCAUAGAAUGAGAUGCUUCCUGAUACUUUGUCCAAACCUGUGGUUCUUUACAAUUGGCCAAUCUAUCUGCAUAUUUCUGUAAGGGUUUCUUUUGGAAUUUGUAGCUUCACUAAAUGCCAGCACUCAAGAUGUGCAGUCUUAUUGCCCAGGACGCAUCAUGAUUUGUUCAAAUUACAGCCCAGAUUUUCACCUAUAACAAUAACAAUCCUUUCAGAAAUGUGAGCUCAAACUCACCUCUGAGCUAUUUUAGAAUAUGAGUAAGCCCAUCUAAAAUUAGUCACGCUUGCAUUAUUUCAGUUCCUCAAGAAUCUUUUCUAAGCACACUCCAGGAAUGUCAGAGUGUGUUUAAACUUAUUUUUAUUCUAGCAUUAAGAAACAUAGUCAUUUGACAAUAACUCACCCACCAAUCAGAAUGAAAACUGGGAAUGCUGGAGAUGUUCCACUCAAGCAGCAUCUGCAGAGAAAGAAACAUGGUUAACUUCCUAGGUUUGUGAUCUUUUGUCACACUUUGGCAUUGGAAUCAUGAAGGUUGUAAACACAAAAGGUUAACAGGUUGCAGCUGCUAGGACAUGGAGCAUCAAACAAUCUGCUGGAGGGACUCAAUGGGUUGGGCUGCACCUGUGGGAGAGCUUCAGCCUGUUAAGUCUACAGUCCCUCCUCUCCCUCAGAUGCUGCUCUACCCGCUGAGUUCCUCCAGCAGAUUGCUUCCCUCUUUUCCCAAAGGUUAACUCUGCUUCUCUUUCCAAACAUGCCACUUGACCUGCUUGAGUGUCUCAAACAUUUCAUGCCCUUAUUUCAGAUUUGCACCAAAUGUGGUAUUUUGCUUUGAGUGCAAUUCUGGAACUAGGCUCAAAUUUGUUAUCAAACAAGUCAAAGCUGGAGAUCUCCUCCUAACUGAUUGCACCAGCUUCAAUCUACCUCUAACCCAGGGGUUCCCAACCAGGGGUCCACGGACCCCUCGGCUGAAGGUAGGGGUCCGUGGCAUAAAGAAUGGUUGGGAACCCCUGGUCUAAUCCAAUGUGAAGCUACAAAUUCUGUAUGAAAAUCUUUUUGUGUUGGAACUAAAAGGUGCUCACUCCAGUGGUUGUGGACUCAGAAAUUUUAUGCCCACGUGCAGUGCUGUGAAACAUUCACAGAGAGCUCUGUUUCCAAUGUGGGGGCCAUGGACCUCUCUGUUAAGGACAGGAGUCCAUGGCAUUAAAAAGGUUGGGAACCCCUGGUUGUAAAUACCUUUGUUGCAGUCACAUAGUGGUCAGACUACAGUAUUAAUCCAUCAAUCAAUCUCAAAUCAGAAAUUGGGCGGGAUGGUAGUGUUGUAGUUAGCACAACGCUUUGCAGUCCAGGCAACCCGGGUUCAAUUCCUGCUGCUGCCUGUAAGGAGUUUGUACGUUCUCCCCAUGACUGUGUGGGUUUCCUUUGGGUGCUCAGGUUUCUUCCCACAGUCCAAACCUACCAGUUGGUAGGUUAAUUUGUCAUUGUAAGUUGUCCUAUGGUUAGGCUAGGAUUAAGAUCAGGGGUUUGCUGGGUGGUGUGGCUCGAAGGGCCACAAGAACCUCUUCUGCACUGUAUCUCAAUAAUAAAAGCAAUGUGAUUACAGCCUUGUUCAGAGUCUAGUCAGACAAAAAUGUGAUGAGCUUUCCUGGAUCCAAGCAAUCUUGCAUAUUUGGGAACUGGGUUGUAGUAUGGGGCAGUAACAGGAAAAGUGAUGAUUGAAGUCAGAAAAAAGUACAUUUUAGGGUUAAAUAGUGAUUUGAAAUAUUAUCCUUAAUAUUCUUUCUGGAAGUCUGGUGUGGAAUGAAACCUAUCUGAUCGGUAAUUCAGCCAUGAAGACCUUUGAUACAUUGAUGUCAAUAGACAAAUCAACCAGCUCCUGUGAGGGCUUGUGCCUCCAUAACUUAUAUUUUUAAUAUUAAUAAUGGUUAGCUUUGGUGGAGAACCCAGUUGCUUCCUUCCUAAUUAAAGGCAGGGAUUCAUUUAGCAAUAUCUGUGUUCUGGAAAGCCAUCACCCAUACCUCUUCUGGUUUAAAUCAACCGAACUCUCAGCUGGAAGGUGCAUGCUCACUGUUUCUCAAGGCAUACUGGUGGCCAAUUGACCCCAACCAUCUAAGCCUCUGCAGCAACAGUAUUAAGAAAAUGUUUAAUUUGUAGUAAAUACAGUUCAUUUUCAAUGCCAAACUAAUGAUAAUUUCCCAUUGUUAAAUUUGAAAUAGAAAACUUUGUCAAGAGCAAGCUCCUUGAAUGUUAGCAGCUGUAAUAAAAGAUGCAAGAGAUGCACUGUAAGUAGAUCAGCAUCUCAGACAGAAAGCACGACAUAAUGUUUCAGUUUUAAGGAUUUUGUCAGUGAGCCCAGGGCUGCAGUUUGUAUUUCAGGGUUCAAGUUUCUGACCUGGUGUUAUCAGUGGAUAAUGCUUGACUUAAUAGCUCCUACCAUUACGGCUGCACAUCAGUUCAACCAUUGCAAAUUCUAAAGCAAUCACAACAGUUCCAUGGGUGCAGAACUAUCCCAAUUUAAGAUUUGCUCUUUUCCUAUACAAACCGGAAAAAGAAAUAUCACAGUGAAUUAAAUGCUUUGUGCAUUUAAUUACACGUUAACUCUAAGGUGUUAAGAAUUUUUUUUUGCCUUUUUUUGAUUUUCUUGAUCACAUACAAGUAGAAAAGUCAGGCAGUUUCCUACUAAGUAAAGCUGAGUAAAACUUUGGAGCUAACCUUGGAGUUCUGGAAUGUAGAUAAUAAAAAGAACUUGUAAACUUG